UUUUAUUGUUUUCUUUGUUUAAAAAAAAAAAAUUAUCUUUAGAUCAGUGAUUUGGUAUUUUGUAUAAAAAGUUUGUGGCUUGGAUUGUGGAGGUCUUGAUCUUUGGAGACAAUGAGGAACUUUUGAGGCUUUGUGUGUAUUUGCUUUGCUGUAUGAGAAGUCUGACUUGGAAGUUCAUCAAAUUAUUAUAAAUUGAGGUUAUGGCAUGGCAUGCAGUUAUUCCAAUGUCAGAGGAGAAAGCCUAGUUUCAGGGGAGAUUUUCUUGGGUAAUUUUAUUGUGUAAGAUGGUUCACCCAGCUUCUGAUGAGGCAUGGGUGAAGGACUCUGAGCCUGCCAUAGUUUCAGGAUCAAGACAGAAUGAUGCAAGUUCACCGUCUGGUUACAAGGUUGGAUUCCCCCCAAAGAGGAAACUAGUGACACAGUUUACUGACAGACUUAAGGAGACAUUCUUAGGCGAUGAUCCUUUACGGCCUUACAAAGAUCAGCCAAGAUCGAGGAAGUUUGUGCUUGGCUUGCAGUACUUGUUUCCGAUAUUUGAUUGGGGGAGAAACUACAAUCUUAAGAAGUUUAAAGGAGAUGCCAUUUCUGGAUUGACCAUUGCAAGCCUGUGCAUUCCUCAGGAUAUUGGGUACUCAAAACUUGCUUACUUGGACCCGCAAUUUGGGCUCUAUUCCAGUUUUGUUCCUCCAUUGGUUUAUGCUGUGAUGGGGAGUUCAAGGGAUAUUGCUAUUGGGCCAGUAGCUGUUGUGUCUCUACUACUUGGCACCCUUUUGCAGAAUGAGUUUGAUCCUGUUAAAGAAAAAUUACAGUAUGAGCGGCUUGCCUUUACCGCAACAUUUUUUGCGGGCAUCACUCAAGCAACACUUGGAUUUUUCAGAUUGGGGUUCUUGAUUGACUUCUUAUCACACGCUGCAAUUGUUGGGUUUAUGGCUGGUGCAGCAAUCACAAUUGCUCUUCAACAGCUCAAAGGAUUUCUUGGCAUAAAGAACUUUACAAAGGAGACCGAUAUAAUAUCUGUCAUGAAGUCCGUUUGGGGUUCAGUUCAUCAUGGUUGGAACUGGCAGACAAUAUUAAUUGGAUCAUCAUUCUUGGCUUUCCUUCUCUUUGCAAAGUACAUUGGAAAGAAGAAGAAGAAACUUUUCUGGAUUCCUGCAAUCGCACCAUUGAUAUCAGUUAUCCUCUCCACGUUCUUCGUUUACAUUACACGCGCUGACAAAGAUGGUGUUGCAAUUGUUCAACACAUAGAAAAAGGCAUCAACCCUUCCUCUUUACACAAGAUCUUUUUCGAUGGUCCAAAUGUUGUGAAAGGGUUCAAAAUUGGUGCAGUUGCCGGCAUGAUUGGCUUGACAGAAGCUAUUGCGAUAGGGCGAACAUUUGCAGGAAUGAAGGAUUAUCAGUUGGAUGGUAACAAAGAAAUGCUAGCAUUAGGGACAAUGAACGUGGUUGGUUCAAUGACUUCUUGUUAUGUAGCUACCGGUUCAUUCUCAAGAUCAGCAGUGAAUUACAUGGCUGGUUGCCAAACAGCAGUCUCCAAUAUAGUAAUGUCACUAAUCGUACUUCUAACACUAGAAGUGAUCACACCUCUGUUCAAAUACACGCCAAACGCAAUCCUUUCAUCGAUCAUCAUCUCCGCCGUUAUUGGCCUUAUUGACUAUGAAGCUGCACUUCUUAUUUGGAAGAUCGAUAAAUUGGAUUUCAUUGCUUGCAUGGGAGCCUUUUUUGGUGUAGUUUUCAAGUCUGUUGAGAUUGGCCUCUUAAUUGCUGUAGCAAUUUCACUGGCAAAGAUCCUGCUUCAAGUGACAAGACCAAGAACAGCUUUACUUGGUAAUCUACCCGGGACUACGAUAUAUAGAAAUACUGAACAAUACCCAGAGGCAACUAAAGUUCCUGGAAUACUCGUUGUGAGGGUUGAUUCAGCUAUCUAUUUCUCCAAUUCCAACUAUGUCAAAGAGAGAAUUCUAAGAUGGUUAAGAGAUGAAGAAGAUCAGUUAAAAGAAAACAAUCUACCGAAAAUAGAACACUUGAUUGUCGAGAUGUCACCUGUGAUUGACAUUGAUACAAGUGGAAUCCAUGCAUUGGAGGAGUUAUACAAGAGCCUUGCAAAGCAUGACAUUAAGCUUGUGCUUGCUAAUCCUGGUCCAGUGGUGAUGGAGAAACUCCAAUCUUCAAAGUUCACGGAGUUGAUAGGCCAAGACAACAUCUUCCUGACUGUUGGGGAGGCUGUAAUGACUCUUGCUCCAAAAUCAAGAGAAGAAGCUUGACAAGCUCAAUUUUCAUUCUUCUUUGUAUAUCAGAGCUUCAACUAGGUUGAAGGGAUGAAAACAACUUGGAGCAAACAUAUACAUAUAUAUAUAUAUAUAUCUUUGUUUGUAAAUGAUAAUAUAUAAAUCUUAAUUUGCAAAGUUUCUCUUAAAAGUUGUAAU